AUGCCGGCUCUCUCUUCGCCGGAUACAUCAACAUCAGCCCGCCAGCAUACUCAUCACCACCAGCCCGCUGCCGGAUCGAAGACGGCCGCUGCCGCCACGGCCACUUCGCCCGCUCUGUUUGGCCACUCGACGUCCAAGGCAUCUCACGAUAAUAACAAAGCUGCUGCUCAUAUCCUGUGGAAUCAUGACUUGAAAAUCGGAGAUACCGGAGAUGGAGUCACCGCUUCAGCGAAUUUCUUUGUUGACGGUCGCUCGAAAGGCCCAAAUUCGAAGGCUGGCGCCACGGUAUCUGUCUCUCCAUCGCGAGAGCGGACGGAGAGCACUGACUCUUCGCUAAGGAACGGGCGUGUCGUCUCCUCCAACCCAAUGGCGGACGAGGCUAGGACAAACGGCAUCCACGAAGCAAACGUCGAUGAACAUCAUGAACGACGCUGGACAAACGGGACAGGCCAGAGUCAACAACAGACUACGAGUGCAGAGGCUUGCAGGAUUCAACAGCAGACGGUCAAUGGGCUGCCAUAUAGACCUAGCUCGAAGGCCACCACGAACUACUCUCACCCUUAUACCGGAUACCCGCCUACUGCUGCUGAGCUCACACCACCGAGCUCCUCGUCUCAGAACGACGAUGUAGGGCCUGCUCCAACCAGGCCUCCUCCACCUAUCCCUACCUCCAUACCGACAACUCCUACUCCCAAAUCCACCAACCUCGACACUGCUGCUGCUCCUACGACAGGCCUUGAUACCGGCCUUGCGCCAGAGCUGCCCAACACCCAUCGACACUCCUCUCCACACCCUCAAGGGUCUACAACCGCACCCUCAGAUACCCCCACCUCUCCAUCCAGCCUGCAGAGCGCUCGUCUAGCUCACCGACACACCCUCCAAGUCCCACGUCACUCCUCCUCAAGAGCGAGCCGUGACACCUCCACCCCUAUCGCCGUCGACGACACCCUCCUGCCCAUUGACCGUGUCUCCUCUCCAACCUCUGUCUUGCGUCGCGGCUCUUUCACCAUCCCCCGUCUCACACCUAGAUCGAAUCAGUCGGAGCCUCACCUCGACGAAGCUCUGCAGGAUGAAGGUGCUGCCAGAUGGACAGAAGCCUUCAAGCAGCGCCGAGCCAGCAAGCGGAAACGUCGAGAAGAGGAAGACGAAGACCGCGUGAUCGUUGGGACAAAAGUCGACAUGCAUCAUGUGAAUUGGGUGACCGCAUACAACAUGCUGACGGGCAUCCGAUUCACCGUAUCAAGGACCAAUGCGAAGCUCGACCGGGAACUCACAGAUGCUGAUUUUGACGCCAAACAUAAGUUUUCUUUCGAUAUUACCGGAAACGAAUUGACUCCGUCAGCAAAAUACGACUUUAAAUUCAAAGACUAUGCUCCCUGGGUAUUUAGACGACUGCGCGCCAAAUUCCAGCUUGAUCCGGCAGACUACCUCAUGUCCCUGACCAGCAAAUACAUCCUCUCUGAAUUAGGCUCGCCAGGUAAAAGUGGAAGCUUUUUCUACUUCUCUCGUGACUACAAAUACAUCAUCAAGACCAUCCACCAUGCCGAACAUAAACUCCUCCGCAGGAUACUGCGUGAAUAUUAUGCACACAUCGAGAAUAACCCCAAUACCCUUAUCUCCCAGUUCUAUGGCCUCCAUCGCGUUAAGAUGGCCUAUGGCCGGAAGAUACACUUUGUUGUCAUGAACAACCUGUUUCCCCCACAUCGAGACAUUCAUCAAAUGUAUGACCUGAAGGGUUCUACGGUCGGUCGAGACUUCAAGGAAGAAGACCUCGAAGCCAACCCACGAGCAACGCUAAAGGAUCUGAACUGGCUAAGGAGGAACCGCCAUCUAAACUGCGGCAAAGCUAAACGGGAAGUUUUCCUCGCCCAGCUCCGCCGAGACGUUACCCUUCUUCAAAAACUCAAGAUCAUGGAUUAUUCCCUCCUGAUCGGAAUCCAUGACGUGGAAAAGGGGAAUGAAGAGAAACUUCGUGACCGGACGCUCCAGAUUUUCCAGCCUGGGGGUGAUCUGGCGGACGAACAGCAACCAAACUUACUCAUGCGGACACCGUCCAGAUUGGAAAAUGCACGCAAGGCUAGAGAGCUUAGAGAGAUGAUCAAACGUGAGAAACCGGUUCCCAUGGAGCAUACAACUGCCAAAAUGCCAGAUGAGGUACUGGAUGAACGGAAGAAUCUGGUGUUUUAUUCAGACGACGGUGGUUUAAGGGCAACCCACGAGAACGGCGAUCCGGGUGACGAGAUAUAUUAUCUCGGUGUCAUCGACUGUUUGACACACUACGGCAUGGUAAAGAAAGCAGAACAUUUCUGGAAGGGGCUUUCUCACAACAGUUCGCAAAUCUCGCCCAUACCGCCAGAAGCAUACGGCGAACGCUUCCUCGAAUUUAUUACAAGUAUUACCAAAUCCAAGGAAGAAGUAGAACGCGAGAAGCAGAAUGCCGAAGCUACCCCGGCCCAAACGGAGGAGCCUACGCCUUCUGAAAAGAAAUCGACUGAUGCCCAGAAGCCGGCGUCUGGACACCCAGAAGCAUCCCGAACGUUGAAGACAGUCAAUGCUCCGGCGGACUUUAGUGGAGGCGGCACUGCAACGUUGCCUGUUGUUGAGGAAGCGGGUGAGAAUUGCAGCACGGGAGGCAAGAGUGGGCGAAGCAAUGCGAGCAGAGGAGGAGACGACGCCCCUGCAGAUGAAGAACAGUGGAUGAGUAUAGAAACUAGACGAUAUAGUUUCCGCACCGCAAGGUCGCCAGCCGGCCCCCCGCCGGUAUCUGCGCCACCGCCGCCCCCACCACCGAAGAUAAAUGGCGAUGGCAUUGGUCCGAAUAAGCAGAUGAACUAUUUGACCGACAGCAAUGGGACCAACAAUGCGGUGAGGAAUGGCAUUGAAAGAGAUAAGAAAUUACCCCCUACACCCGGUCCGACCAACGAUAGACCCCCUAUGCCUCAACGGCCACCACCUCCCACUCCACCAGCAUAG